AGCACGCAUGCGUGAACUCAAAAUGCGGCUGUAAAAGUGUCAGCUCUUCGAAAGAUGGCGUGUUUAAUAAUUAAACUCAUCAAACUAAGUAGUUUUGUGACAACCUGAAGGACCCAGGAGGACUCAGACGCACUGCUGUAUCUCUCCUCUGCCGAACUUGACCUCUCGGUCCCAGGUACCGGUGGAACUGAUUUUUACCCGAGAUGUACAGAACUCUCCAGGCGCUGAGACUGGCUCGGCUGCUACCAGCCGCCAAAAACCCGAACAAGUCAUGGGGACAUGUCCGGGCUAGGACAAGUUCUGCAAGUUUUCACCUACUAGAAGACUGUCUGGCAGAGCUGAACUAUGAAGGGAAGCCGAUGAUCUUUAACUACGUGUGGCUGCGGGACCACUGCCGCUCGGAGUCCUCAUACAACUCAUCAACCAGCCAGAGAGUCGGGGACACCGGGAGUAUAGAGCUCUCCAUCCGCCCAGAGAGCUCCGCUGUGGAGGACGAUCAUCUCAUCCUCACCUGGCAGGGUGGCCAUGUGUCAAAGUACCGACUGAGCUGGUUAGCGGAGAACAGCUAUGAAGAAAAGAAGCAAGCUACUGUCCACCCACGCAUCCUGUGGAAUUCAGACAUCUAUAAAAAUGCAAACAUCACAUCAGCCAAUUGGGAGAAGUUCAUGAGCUGUGACAGCGAGCUGAAGAAGUUCCUUCACGACUACCUUCAGUACGGAAUUGCUUUUGUAGAUGGCGUCCCAGCUACAGUGGAAGCCACCGAGGCAGUUACUCAGAGAGUCAGUCUUAUCAGGGAGACUACAUAUGGGAGAAUGUGGUCCUUUACAUCAGAUUUUUCUAGAGGGGAUACCGCCUACAGUCAACUGGCUCUGGACCGUCACACGGACACCUCAUACUUUCAGGAGCCAUCUGGAAUCCAGGUUUUCCACUGUCUCAAACAUGAAGGAACAGGGGGGAGGACACUUCUUGUGGAUGGCUUUUACGCUGCUGAGAAACUGCGCCAGCGCUCCCCUGAAAGCUUUGAUUUGCUCUGCCGUGUGCCCAUCAGCCACGAGUACGUUGAAAACACGGAGAGCCACCGAAACCACAUCAGAGGUGUCGGCCCCAUCCUGAGCGUCUAUCCUUGGAACAAUGAACUCUUCCUGAUACGAUAUAACAACUAUGAUCGAGCUGUGAUAAACACAGUCCCUCAUGACACUGUCAAGCGGUGGUACGAGGCACAUCGUGAGCUGACCUCGGAACUCAGGCGGCCAGAAAACGAACUCUGGGUUAAACUGGAUCCAGGAAAAGUGAUUUUUAUUGACAACUGGAGGGUCCUGCAUGGGAGAGAGUCUUUCAGCGGCCUGAGGCAGCUUUGUGGCUGUUAUCUGACCAGAGACGACGUCCUCAGCACUGCACGCUGCUUCUCUCUGCUGCCGUGACUCCGUGCAGCUUUUCACUUCCACAUCUGUUGGAUCAUAAUGAAAAAUAGGAAUAAUGAAAUUUGCACAGUUUUUUAGGAAUCUUUUUUGAAUGUUUCAUAAACUACGAAACUAUUAAAUGCGUAAAUCCUCAAAUUGC